ACAGAGUCUGAGAGGAGAGAAGAAUCAAACCAACUCCUCAAAAUCCCCAAUUUCCCUCCAUUCUCUUCUCUCUCUUCCCCAAAAGGAAAAAUUAAAACCCCCUUUUUAUUUUCUCUCCAACCAAAAAUCCCAAACCCUAAAAGAAAAUUUCGGAAUUUUUGGGGAUUUUUCCUAGCGGAAGUGGCUAAUCAAUGUCACAAUUGAAGACGAUCUCUCACAUCGACGGCGUCGGAGUCCCGUCGACGCCGGGGAAGUUCAAGCCGGACAAAGUGCCGCCGUUUUUUCACCGUCUCCGGUGGUUCCACGUCUCCAUCUCCAGGCUGACCCUCUGGUCCUCCUUCUUCGUCGCCUUCAUCGUCGUCUACUACCUCUUCUCCUCCCCUUCUCCCUAUUCUCCUUCGUCUUCUCGCCGAUCCCUCGGCGUCUCCUAUGGCGGAAAGGACUGGGAGCGCCACGUCACCCGCUCUACCAGGCGGCAUUCAUCGAAAUCCGGCGGAGGAGGCCUCACCGUGCUCGUCACCGGCGCCGCUGGUUUUGUCGGAACUCAUGUCUCGAUCGCCUUGAAGCGGCGCGGCGAUGGAGUCCUAGGGCUUGAUAACUUCAAUGACUACUACGAUCCGAGCCUGAAGCGUGAUCGUCAGAAGCUUCUGGAGCGAUCGGGGAUCUUCGUCGUGGAGGGAGACAUCAACAACGCCGAGCUCUUGUCGAAGCUCUUCGAGGUCGUGGCGUUCACGCACGUGAUGCACCUGGCGGCUCAGGCUGGUGUACGGUACGCAAUGCAAAACCCUAGCUCUUAUGUUCAUAGCAAUAUAGCUGGGUUUGUGAAUCUGUUGGAGGUCUGGAAGUUGGCGAAUCCGCAGCCGGCGAUCGUCUGGGCGUCGUCGAGUUCGGUUUACGGGCUGAAUUCGAAGGUACCGUUCUCGGAGAGGGACCGGACUGAUCAGCCGGCGAGUCUCUACGCGGCAACGAAGAAGGCCGGUGAAGAGAUUGCUCACACCUAUAACCAUAUCUACGGGCUUUCUAUUACUGGAUUGAGGUUUUUCACGGUUUAUGGACCUUGGGGAAGGCCAGACAUGGCGUAUUUCUCUUUCAGUAAGAAUAUUCUUAAGAGGAAGCAGAUCACGAUCUUUGAAGCGCCUAAUCAUGGGACUGUGGCGAGGGAUUUCACCUACAUUGAUGAUAUAUUGAAGGGCUGUUUGGCGGCUUUGGACACGGCGAAGAAAAGCACCGGGAGUGGCGGGAAGAAGAGGGGCAAUGCUCAGUUGAGGGUCUUCAAUUUGGGGAAUACUUCACCGGUGCCGGUGACACAGCUUGUGAGGAUAUUGGAGAAGCUUUUGAAGGUGAAGGCCAAGACGAAGGUCUUGCCUCUGCCGAGAAAUGGAGAUGUGAAGUUUACUCAUGCCAAUAUAAGUUUGGCCUACAGAGAACUUGGGUAUAAGCCCACAACCGAUUUGGAGACUGGAUUGAAGAAGUUUGUGCGUUGGUACCUCAAUUACUACCAAAAUUCCAAGAAGAGUUCCUGGUGAAUUCAAAGAUAUGGGUUUAUUGAUUGCUUGUUAUCUCAUUCCAUUUGCCAGCUUUGCUCAAUUGCUUUAUCAUACUCGUGAUAUUGUCAUGAAAAGAUUAAUGGUGUCCUUAUACGGAUUAGUUUGCUGUUUGAGGGCACUGGGUUGCAGGGGGAUACUUGAUAAUCUCUAUCAAAGGAAAAUUGGUGGGAUCUUUGAUUGUUUUUCUACAUGUUGCUUCUUUAAGAUGUCAUUUCUAGCUUAGAAGAUGUACAUACAGUUCAUGACUGAUAGACCACAAUGAUAAUGCUGAUUGGUGGAUUAAUUUUUA